AUCGGAAAGGAAUUGUUUGGCAGCAAUUAAGCAGAGCUUGGGUUGCAACAGGAGACUGACGUCAGGCGGGCUCUGCACACCACUCGUUCCUCUCUCGCUGCUCCCCCUCACUUGCACAGGGCAAUCGCCGAGGUGCGGUAACCAUUCCCUUCAUUCCGCCUGAUCGCCUCCAUUUAAUUGGACUGCUGCCUUCCCAGUUCUUGCCCUCCGCUUCUUCUACUAUUUGAAUGGGCCCUGGAGUGGAGAGUUGAAGAAGAGGUUCUUCAAUUCCAAUCCUGGCUCGAUGAAGGAUCAAGAAGUGAGUCAAGUCCUUCAAUUAUGAGCCACUUUCAAGCACACCAUUUCCAAGAUCAGCUGUCUUCUGAUUGCUCCAGUUCCCAGGAUUCUCUGGACAACCAGUCACUGGAUGACUUCUGGACAGAGGUGGAGAACAUUAAGGAGAGUUGUGAGACAGAGGUGGAUGAAAACAGUGAUGUGAAAACAUCAGAUGAUGCGGAGCUGGAUGCUGAUUGGCUGAAGGAUACUGGGUUGUCCACUCUUAUCAAUGAAAACAGUCAAGAUGAUGACAGUAUAUUUCUGCUUUCUACUCUAACACGUACUCAGUCAGCAGCAGUACAGCGCAGAGUCAACAGCUAUACUUUGUCUUUGCGGGUAAAGAGCAAACAACCUGUACGUGAUGUCAGGGAUGUUUUUCAAGGACAGAAGUUUUCAGGCAGUGAUUCUGAGCAUCGAAACAAGCAUGGUUCUGUUCUUUCCCCAUUACAACAAGAUCAACAACUUGAGCAGAUGCUUCCAGGAGACGACAAACAUGAAGCUUGUUCUGAUGAACAUGGGAAUUCAUCACCAGGGCAAUAUGAACUUUCCAAAAAGGAAAUGUUAUUUUCUGAUGUUUCUUAUUCUGAACAAGCGCAGAUUUUACGAAAUAGAAUGUACUUUUGCAAAGAGAGGAAGCAAAAGGAUGAUGGAACUUUGCCUCAAUUCAGAAUACACAAGAGUAAACUUGGAACAACCAGGAUGGAGGAUCUCUCAGAGCAGGACAUGAAAAAAAUACGCACCUUGGCACUAAUUGAGCUUACAGCUCUCUUUGAUGUCUUGGACAUAGAGGUGAAGCGUAACAAAGCAACAAAAGUGAAAACACCAGAAAAUAAACUCUUUGGUGUCCCGCUCACACAGCUGAUUGAAAAUGAUCAGAAGAUUGAACCCAAUACCAAAGUUCCACUGUUUCUUAAAGAGUUGCUCUGCAGUCUGGAAGAUAAGGGUUUGGAAACUGAAGGAAUUCUUCGUAUUUCAGGUUCUCUUGCCAGAAUAAAGACUCUGCAACAGGAUCUGGAAUCAAAUUUUUACCAAAAUAAUUUUGACUGGAAGAAAGUUCAACAAAAUGACGGGGCAAGCUUGUUGAAAACAUUUAUCCGUGAAAUGCCGUGUCCCUUGUUAACAACAGAGUAUGUAACUGCUUUUGCAACAGUCGGAGAUAUCACUGAUCAAGUCCAGAUGAUACAUUCUCUAAAUCUUCUUGUGCUGAUCCUUCCAGAUGUAUAUAGAGCCACAUUAAAGGUGCUGUUGGAGUUUCUUCGCAAGGUGAUUAAAAAAGAGCAGCGAAACAAGAUGAACCUCUGGAAUGUAUCCACUAUAAUUGCUCCCAACCUUUUCAUGCACAAGGGAAUGACAAACAAGGCGCCUAACGGAAAUGAAAAACAGCACGCGGAAAAGGCUGCAAAUGUUGUCCGGUUGCUUAUCCAUUACCAGGAUCUUCUUUGGACUGUUCCAUGCUUCCUUGUAGCACAAGUGAGAAAACUGAAUGAGAACAGCACCAAGAAGUAUGAUAAGCGUAUUAAAAACCUGCUGAAGAAGAUUCACACAGACAAGCAUGACAGACAAUUAACAGAACUACCAUAUAACAAGACAAUAAAAGUUCAAGCCCCCAAUUUACUGAAGGGUACAUUGGAUAUUCAACUGGAACCGGAGAUGACUAUUUGGGAUCUUUUGGCUCAGUUUCGGAAGAAGUUAGACUGUGAUGCCACAAGCACCAAUCUUACAAAACGAAGCAAUGACUCCACAGAAUGUUCAGAGUUCUGCUUGUAUGAAGUGGGUGGUAAUAUAGGUGAACGGUGUCUUGACCCAGACAUAAACAUAUGUGAACUUUACAAGGUUAAUCCUCAUGCUGAGUGGAUCAUAAGACAAUGUGCAACAUUCUCAAAGGAAAGCUAACUUUUUUUUGUGAGCAUUCGCCAUCUAAAACCACAGAAUUUGCAAUUUGCUGGUUAAAUAAUAUCUGUACUUCAGAUUAUUGUUCGAAGUGUGUGACCUGAUCAAGGUGAAGAAAAGGAGUAAGAAUACUUUUUCAAAGCAAUGCAUGAAGCAGUUUAUUCAGUAAAGCACAGCACUUUCAUUAAACAAAGGGAUAUUUACCACUGAAUGAAGGUAAAAUCAGAUUGGCUUUUCUUAUUUGCAGAUCUUUUGGCAGGUGAAUUUGAGAACUUGAAUUUUAUAUGCAAUUUAUAUUUAACCAUGGAUUUUUUUUUAAUUGCAUGACAUUCAUUAAGCACUGCCAAAUUUUGCAAGGAAAACUUAGCAUCCUGGAAGAGAAAAGUGUAUCUCCUUCAUGAUUAUAUAUAUUUUCUUGGAAUUUUAUUUUAAAGUUUCUUUUGCCUAACUUGGACAUGCUUGGAAUAAAAAAAAAUAAAUAAGGAGAAGAAAAUGGAACAGAGAGGAAAAUCUUGGCUUGUGCCAAAAUAUCCUGCCUGUUAAUUAUUUAUUGAAGGAUGAGAACUGAAACAUGAAUCUGUGUAUGCAGUUUAUUUGUGACAAAGCCAUUUUUACUUGCACACAUCAAACUCCUCAAAGCAACUGGGGAUCUUCAUCUUGAGACAGAGAACUAUAAUUGUCAGGGCUUCGUUACAGAGAAUGUGACAUGAUUGUGUGAAAAAAAAACAACUGCAAUCAAACCGAUGUAACUUACAGGCCUUAUUGUGUAUAAUAUUUUUUGAAAUCCAUGGGCUGUGCAAUUUUUUGAAGUGCGAGCCUACUUGUAAUUACUGAUAAACUUUCCUGCUGAAUAAUGUUACUAUAACUAUAUUUACAUUUGGGUUUUUAUUUUCUAUAUAUCUACAACCAGAUUUUUUUUACAGUCUGGUUAAAUGACUAUUUUAAUCUGUUAUUUGUGUCUGAGGUGGUGGUUGUUUUUUAAAGAAGUAUAAGCUUUACAAUGUCCCAGAUGUCAGUGCUUGCAAGAAUUAACAAAGCAAUUGAGAAAUUUUGCAAUUGUGUCAGUUUAAAAAUGUUCAGCUGAACACUUUUGAUUUUAAGAGAUGAUCUUAAAUUCCAAGAAUUUCUCUUAUUCAGAUAUGUCCAAUAAUGAGUAUGGUGAAGUUACAAAAUUUCACAACCAAUGUUCUAGACCUUUGAUCUAGAGAUAAAAACAUAGCUUCCUAGCUUUCGUGAUUGGAUUCUAAAUUCAAUACUUUAAAUUAAUCUGGAAUUCAAAUUUAAAGAAAAACUAUUACGCUGUCAAAUUGUUACAAAAACCCGCCAGGUUCACUAGUAUCCCUUGGGUAAGGAAAUCAGUCAUUUGUACCUGGUACAUAUGACUCCAGACUUCCCAAUAUGAUGAGCUCUUAACUGCCUCCUUCCUUAGGGCAAUUGAUAAUGUCCAGUAAAUGCUAGUGCCAAUAAUAAUAUACAGAAGUUAUAAAGCAUGGUCUUUUCAAACAUUCAGCUUAUUCUUAACAACUACAGGUAUAAUAUAACCACUCUCUGGAGAUGCAUUACAACAGGUAAAGAGCAGUGAAAACUUUGAAUAUAUUGAAACUUUGAAUUAUUGUUGAAUGUAUGGCAUGAUUCGGUCAGUACUCUAAACGUGGUCAAAUGCUGCUGCAUUUUUGUGUUGGUUUUGGUCAAACCUGUGGAAGUGAUUAUUUUAAAAAAAAAGCACAAACAAAAAUCCAGUGGUCUUCAAAGCUAAGUAAUAAAAAUAUUCUACUCACAAAAUUUCCGCUCCUGCAAACCAGAAUUAAUAGUGUCUACUUGUGGGCAUAGCAGAAAGUUUUUCACAUUAGUGUUUUUUUGGUGCAUAAUCAUCAGGACAUGUGUUUUAAAUGUUGUAUGUGCAUUAAAAGUAGUUAAUUUACUGAAAGAACUGACAUUUAUACUCUAAAGGAGGUGGUUCACUAUAGUUUUCUAAUUAUUACUUAUAAUAAAGUUAAAAUGAAUUACAGGUG